GUUAACCUAGCUUUAAAACGUGUUUGUCUUUAAAGUAAAAUAAUAUAAUCCAUAGUUGAUAUAUCUGCUGAUUUUGUGCCUUUGUGUUUUUUUGAAUUAUUAUAUCCUGUUGUUACUAAGAUAUUUGUCUUGUGCCUUAAUUAAAGGAACGUAAUGGCGAAGUUUCGAACUAAAUUGAAGGGUAGCAGCAAAGGCAAAAGAUGGGCAAAAGGAAUGAGUUCGAGUUCCAAUCCAACAACACGUAAAUUUCGGGAUAAUGCAAAACCUCUGUGUUUCCAGAGAAAAACAGGUCCUAGUAAUUUGACAAUCGAGGCAAUACAGAAACAUGAUAAUGGACUUCUUUCAUUGUCUAUACCUCCAAAGAAUGAGGAAGGAAUGGAUAUGGAUGAUUCUUACAGUUCUGCAGAUUCUUACAGUUCUGCGGAUUCAUUCGCUUCUGCUUGGUCAGGAUGCACUUCUAUGUCAUUCAAUAGGUUCCUCAAUGUUUACCGAUCAGACUCACAAUUACAUAAAGAAAUGCUGGCAAUAUUAGCAGCAGCAAGAGAAGUAGCCUUAGAAAAUGGAAGUAAAGAUGAACCUACUUCUACUGAAUAUUUUAGCACAUUGAUGAUAACUCUAGAAGAAAUUUAUAAAAACGAAGAUCAAGUACAAGUGGCAGCUGUUCUAUCAUUAUUGAGUAUGGGUAUCAGAACAGUGCCUGAUGUAGUUCUUAAGGUCAACUUGGAUGAAAUCACACAAAAAAUGCUGAUAAUUUUGAAAGAUUAUGUAGUUUCAGAGAACAAUGUUGUGAUUAAAUCUAUUCUUAAUAUAUUGGGUUAUAUCUUGAAAAUCUUAGAACCUGCAGCUUGGAAUUCAAAAAUAACUGAGAUUUUCAACACACUUUUAGAUCCAUUCUGCAUUCAUUCAAAGCCAAAGUGGAGAAAAGGUGCUCAAAAAGCUGUGACAGCCAUUGUACGUGAUGGUGGUUUCAAGGAUGUUGUUCCAAAUAUACCAGCAGUUGAAGUUGCUAAAUUUUGCGAAAAAACAUUCAAUGCUGCGUUAGGUCAAAGUGAAGAUAAUACAGUGCUUUUAUCAUCAUUGAAAAAUGGACAAACUACCAUAUUACAUACUUUGGGACUUAUGAAAGAUGUCAUCUGUUAUUUCCCCAAGAAGUAUAUUAAGACAUCUUGUGAAAUCAUUCUAAAGCUCAUAACUUUGAAUUAUGAAAUUGUAACUUAUAAUGGCUUCGAAGUUUUGCAUUCCUUGUUUUCUGCUCAAAGAGCUGUUAUGCCAGCACAACUGAACGGUCAGCUGAUAACAGCACUUUAUGACUAUCAACCUUCUUCUCUAGAUGCACAAGCUACUCAUGCUUGGCUAACUGUUAUGCAAAAAGCACAUAUCCAUUUAGCAGACGUUGAUUUGUCACUGGCAUGCGAAGCUUUUCCUAAAAUAUUUUCAAAAUUCACACAACUCUGGUCUUCAGAGAACACAAGCAUCCAAACAAAUAUCACAUAUGGUUUGGAGAUCCUUCUUAAAGAUGCUGUAGCCUCAGCCUGUGCUACCAAGGAGCUAGUUGAACAGUAUAAAUCUAAACUGAACAAAGUGUUCAAUAUAAUAGAGAGCUGUCUCAGUUAUCAAUACCAUAAUGUAUGGCAUCAUGCUCUUCAUGUUAUAAGCACCAUGUUCGAAGUUGGUGGUGUGAAUUGUAAAGAAAUGUUCCUAACGACUUUGAAUGCACUCACUGAAUUGAGGGAUUCCUACAAAUUCAUUUACAAUAACGAAUUAGAACAUGCUGUUGGUUCUGCGAUAAGAGCGCUUGGUCCAGAAGUAGUUCUUGAGGUGAUUCCCCUCAUGAGAGAAAACGGAGAUUUGAACAUCGACAGGUCUUGGCUGCUGCCAGUGCUCAAGGAAAACGUUAAAAAUUCCACUUUGGAUUUCUUCACUAAGAAUAUUUUGUCAUUGGCCAUGUUCUGUCAAAAGAAAUCUCUUCAGAUGGCAGCAGCCAAUGAUAGGAUAGGAGCCCACAGCGCAGAAUUGUUGUAUUUCCAGUUGUGGAGUUUGCUCCCAAGCUUUUGCAAUGGCCCAAGUGAUAUCAAGGAAAGCUUCAAGAGUCUUGCAAGAAUUUUAGGAACUGCAAUUUCUGAUCAGAAAGAUUUGAGGUUGCCUGUCUUGACGUCUCUGAGAAGACUGAUCAAUUUCGCUAAAAAUAACGAAGAUAAAAGUGAUCUUGAGGAAAUAGCUAGGUUUGAUAAGAAUUACUUACCAAUUUUGUUCAAUAUUUACACCACCAAGCCCAUAGGUACAGAUGAAGAAGGUCAUAGGCUUGCUGCUUUAGAAACUCUCAAACUUUUCCUGACAAUAUCCAAACCGGAAUUGAACGAGCAACUAUUCAAUAAUUGCUUGGAACGUCUCAAUAGUUCAUCAGAAGACCCAGAAGAUAUGUUCAUUAAAGAAAGUAUUCUAGAUUUGAUACGAGCCCUGGUACCAUAUCUGUCCAUUCAAAACCUAGAGAUUCUAUACAAUCAGACUGUGAAAAAUCUGCCUAGUAUUCAAAAUCGAAAAGAGCAGAAAAAAGCAUACAGAAUUUUUGAGGAAAUUUGCGCCAACGAAGCGGAAAAUUGCAAAGCGUUUUUGAAGAAACAUAGGAAAGAAAUGCAGAGAUUGCUCAAGGCCUCUAUGGAGACGGCUGCUGUUUCUAGCAAAGGGGCCAGGUUGAGGUGUUUCCACUAUCUGCUGAAGGCUCAGCCGCAGUUGGAUCAUGACAGCAAGUUGAUAAAGACCGUGAUGCCCGAAGUCAUCCUAGGCUGCAAAGAUAUCAAUGAAAAAUCUCGCGCAACUGCUUACCAAGUACUUCACACAAUUGGCGAACAAUUGAUUUACCAAGAUAAUAUCGAAGAAUUUAUGACCCUUCUCGCAGCCGGUUUAGGAGGAACCACCCAGAUGAUCAGCUGUACCAUACUGGCCUUGGCUUCAAUUUUACACGAGUUCUCUGGGUCCAUUGGACAAGAAAAUAUCAAAAAAUUGCUCGACGGCGUUUUGACGCUGCUGGCAUCGCCUACAAGAGAAAUAGUCGGCUCCUGCUUCGCCUUUUUGAAAACAUAUGUUAAAACUCUGCCGACUCCUAUAGUGGGCUGUUCCUUACCAUCCAUAAUGAAAUCCUUGAGUACAAUGACAGAAGAUUGUAAACGUCACUUUAGGCUGAAGAUACGAGACAUGGUUGUUGUGCUAGUGAGGAAGUUCGGAGCUGAUGGGAUUUCCCCUUAUGUUCCCCAAGAGGACACUGUGAUGUUCAAAAGGCUGAGAAAUUUGAGGAAGAAGGAGGCUAGAAAGAAACGUGGGGCAGUGAACAAUAAUGAAUCAAACGAUGAAGAAGAGGACGAAUUUAUGGUGAACACCAAACAUAAGAGUGUCGAAGAAAUUCUGGCAGAUUCAGAUUCCGACGAUAUGGAUACGGAAGAACCUGUAUCGAAAAAAAUCAGGAAGAAUGACAAAUAUAUCCAAGAGGAUCCAGAUUCAAUUGUUGAUUUCGCUGAUCCCACUGUGAUUAGCAAAGUUACAGCUGCUAGACCAAGUCAAAAAGGCGUUUCACAGGAAGUGGCCAAAGACAAGAAUAGAGGGUUCAAAACUGGAUCUGAUGGACGGUUGGUGAUAAAGGACGAUUCGUCAGAUAGUGAGACUGAUGAAACGAAGAAGAAAAUUAGUUUUGACGACUCUGCGUCAGACGACGAGAGUGUGGUGACAAGACCAUUAACCACCAGAAAAAGGAAACUUUCAGAUGUUGCCAGUGUGGCGAGUGGCCAUAGUGGGACGAAAUAUAGACCUGGUGGUAAAGGUAUUCAUAGAUCUGUGGAUACAGCUUCUGAUAAAAAGAAAUCAAAGGGGGAUAAAAAGAAAAAAGGCGAAGUUGAGCCUUAUGAGUAUCUACCUUUAAAAAGAUCUUCAUGUAAUAAAAGGAAUAAGAAUAAGAACAAGACGAACUACUUCUUGUAAAGGCUCAUAAUAACAAAAGGGGUUUCAGAAUAAUGGAACAUAUUCAAACAUAGUUUCAAUCUAUAAUAUAAGAUAAAUUGUUAAAUUAUUUUGUUGCUAUAUAUUAAUUUGUGUGUAGUAAGUUAUAAAAUAAAAACGAAUAAUAUUCUUA